CCCAUUGUGACAUUCCUCAAAUGGGAAAGAGCCACUCUGUGUUCACGAGAGGGAAAUCCAGGAGAGCGAGGCAAGGACCAGCAGAGUCAACACGUGCUUCUAGUUCCCGGGCCUGCUAACGACGUGCAGGAUGCUGACGGCAUCUGGCAGAGGCUGCUGUGCCCUGGCGAUCCUGCUGGCAUUUGUGGACAUCCAACCUGGUGGAUGCAUAAACAUCACCAGCUCAGCUUCCCAGGAAGGAAAGCGACUAAACCUAAUCUGUACUGUGUGGCAUAAGAAAGAAGAGGCUGAGGGAUUUAUAGUGUUUUUGUGCAAGGACAGGCCUGGGAACUGUUCCCCAGAGACCAGCUUGGAACAGCUGAGACUUAAACGUGAUCCUGGUGUUGGUGAAAAAUCAUCUCAGUUGGUGUUCACCAUAAAUCAAGCCACACCGUUGGACAGUGGGACCUACCAGUGUUGUGCCCAAAGUCAGAAGUCAGAUAUCCGUCUUCAGGGCCACUUUUUCUCCAUUCUGGUCACAGAGACAGGGAACUACACAGUGACAAGACUGAAACAAAGACAACACUCCGAGUUCAGCCAUAGUGAAGGCACGCUCAGUUCAGGUUUCCUACAAGCAAAAGUCUGGGUGAUGCUGGUCACCAGCCUGGUGGCCCAAGGUAUGUCCAGAAGAGCCUUAAACCCAAGCAAUGAGGGUGCUAUUAUACAUCUGACACCUUGGUUAUUCUCUAGGAGGAAAAGGCUGAAAGGGAAGCCCAGAGGGAGAGAAAAAUGCUCAAGCCCUGGCUAUCCACAGGAAAAUUCAAACCAAUAUGAGGGUGAAACAGGUCCAAAGGUAUUAAAGACUUUAUUUAUCUAG